AUGAAAACACACAACAAAAAGCCUAAGAACAUCAAUCCACAAACGUCGCAAGAUAAGAACAACUUUGAUGAAAUCCCUCUUGACUUAGUGAUCGAGAUUAUUAAGAGAUUUCCUGCAAAAUCCGUAGCUAAGUUUCUUGUAGUAUCCAAGUUAUGGGCAACGAUCAUCCGCAGUCGAGAUUUCAUCAAAUCUUUCCCGAUUCGGUCUUUUUCGCAGCCUCGCUUCCUAUUCGCUUUCAGUGAGUUAGAUAGACAAAGAGGACAGCAAAAUUGGUACUUCUUCUCUUGCUCUUCCUCGUUAACGUCCUUACUAUCACGUUUGACAUGUCCGUUCCCAAAGCCUAAACACAUAGUGUACCCUUCACAUUAUGUUAACGGCUUAAUAAGCCUCGGAUGUGGUCAAGAACAAAUCAUAUGUAACCCUACCACGGGAAAGUCCAUAACUUUAGCUAAAGUCAAGACCAGGAGAAGGAUCGCUAAAAGUUUUUUCGGGUGAAUGUAUGAUCCUGUGAAUGAUCAGUACAAAGUAUUGUGCAUGACAGAAAAACUUGGUGAUGCUUAUCGAAAUCUUCCAUCAUCUCAACAUCAAGUUAUCACAAUCGGAUCACAAAAAUCAUGGAGAAUGAUAGAUUGUAACGUUCCUCACCGUCCUUGGUCGAACGGUGUGUGCAUAGAUGAUGUUGUGUAAUAUGUUGCUUGCACGGGUUUGGGAUCGUCGCAGCGUAGCUUAAUGAGAUUUGAUUUGAGGUCCGAAAAGUUGGAAUUUUUCACUGGAUUAUCCACAGACAUUAAAGCUUCAAGGCGACAUGGUUACACUUUAAUAACCUACGAGGGGAAAGUAGCCAUAACCUCAGGAGUUUCAUAUAAUACAUUUGAUGUGUGGAUGAUGGAAAAACAUGGAUGGUUGAAGAAAAGUUUCAGUGUCCAUGUCGAACCUGUUAAGGUUUUACUCAUAACAGGCACUACUCACAAGGGUGAGUUUAUUUUGGUACCUUACUAUUCUAGAGAGCUUUAUGUUAUUCUUUACGAUCUUAAUAGGAGUAGUUUUCGAAAAAUCAAGAUUGAAGUAAACCCAGACCAUGCAUGGAAGCGCUUGAGUACAGGAGAAGGAACAGAAACAGGAGCAUGUGUUCUUUCGGAUUAUGUUGAAAGUAUUAGGUUUUUAUAA